UCUCGCUGUCUCUCUUUCUCUCUCUCUCUCUCCAUAGGCAAGAGAUGUUUUAAUCCAAGUGGAUUAUGUUGCAAAUUGGGCGACAGUGGAGACGAGUGGCUGCAAAAUCUGCUGCAGGCUGCUGACUACGUAUCUUCCUAAAUAUCUGCCAGGUGGAGAUAUCAACUCACUUGUGACUGGUCCUGGUUUCAUGAGGAAUAACCUACAAGAGCCUGGAAACACCUUGAAGAACCUGGGGCAGGUGCAGAGGAAACGUAUUUGCUCACAUUUUAUCGGCAGCCUUUAAGAAGGACCUCUUUACCUCUUAAACCACAAGAGGUUUUUCUUUCGUUUUGCAACAGAUUUUUCCACCCUGUUAGUUGGACCUGGAUAACUUUAAAGUCAGUACAAAAAUCUUCUGUAAGUUUCCCAGAAGACGAUGAGAGGAUGCCAGCAGUAGACAAGCUUUAUGGAGACCUGAAGGGAAGCGUUCAGGGUCAGCAACCCAAUUCUGUCACCUUCACUAUCUUCUCACUUAAGCAGCAUGAGGAAGCCUUUUACUACAAACCCCUUAUGAUCUCUCUGAACUUUCAGACCUGAUCUCGGGUUGUGACACUGCCUCCAGAACUUUAUAGUCAGAUCCGUGGGGAGCUUGACCUCCGAGUUUAGAAGCGGGAUGGACGGCAGGAAGUUCCUAUGGAUUCUGGGAUUUUUCUGCUUAUGGAUUACUGCCCAGGCUCAGAUGAAGAUCCCACCUGAGACGGUGCAGCAGUGGGCGACCAUGUUCUCCGUUCAAUUGCGAGACAUAACCACCAAAUACUCUGGCUCCCUGCUGCUGCAGAAGAAACUGAAAGAUGUGGAGUCCAUCAUCAAGAUCGUGAAGAUUCAGGGAAAUGACUUGGUGAAGGAUUAUUCAGAUGAAAUCGAACGAAUGUUGGGAAGCAAGAUGAAGUCUGUGAAGAGGUUAGCAGAGUCGGCAGAAGACGCUGACCUCUACCAUGAAUUCAACGCUUCAAUGGCGUUUGAUUACUAUAACUCCAUGAUGAUCAACUCGAUGGAUGAGGACGGGAACUACCCGGAACUGGGCGGGGAGUUUCCACUUGAGGAGAACGAACAUUUCAACAACCUGCCGGUGAACAUGGUGCAGAGUGACAUCCAGGUUCCCACCAAUGUCUACAACAAAGAUCCAAAUAUCCUCAAUGCCAUCUACAACUCAGAGGCGUUAAACGACGUCUUCAUCGGUAACUUCAAGAAAGAUCCUACGCUCACAUGGCAGUUCUUUGGCAGCUCCACUGGCUUCUUCAGGAUCUUCCCUGGUAUUAAAUGGACUCCGGACUCCAACAAUGUGGCAGCCUUUGACUGUAGGAACCGAAACUGGUACAUCCAGGCAGCCACAUCUCCGAAGGAUAUCAUCAUCAUGGUGGACAUCAGCGGCAGCAUGAAGGGGCUGAAGAUGACCAUUGCCAAACACACUAUCAACACCAUCCUGGACACUCUGGGAGAGAACGACUUUGUCAAUGUCAUUGCUUACACUGACUAUGUCCGUUAUGUGGAGCCAUGCUUCAGAGGAACUCUGGUCCAGGCUGACUUGGAUAACAGAGAGCACUUUAAACUGCUGGUGGAUGAGCUGCAUGUUAAAGGAGAAGCGAAGAUCAAGAAUGCCAUGAAGGAAGCCUUCAAAAUCCUCAAUGAGGUGAGGGUGAACGGCCAGGGCAGCAUGUGUAACCAGGCCAUCAUGCUGAUCACAGACGGAGCCAUGGAGGACUUUGAGUCCGUCUUUGAGGAGUUUAACUGGCCUGAACGCAGGGUGCGAGUCUUCACCUACCUGAUCGGCAGAGAGAUGACCUUUGCUCAGAACACUAAGUGGAUUGCCUGCAACAAUAAAGGUUACUACACCCACGUCUCCACACUGGCAGACGUGCAGGAGAACGUCAUGGAGUACCUACACGUGCUCAGCCGACCGAUGGUCAUCAACCACGACCAUGACAUCAUCUGGACAGAAGCCUAUAUGGACACUGUGCUUCCCAGCACUAAGGAGCUCUUCACCACCAAGGCUCAGAGUCUACUGCUGAUGACAUCUGUGGCCAUGCCGGUGUUCAGCAAGAAGAAGGAGACGUUGUCCCACGGGAUCCUGCUGGGUGUUGUUGGCACAGACAUCCCACUGAUGGAGGUGAUGAAGCUGGCGCCCCGAUACAUGCUGGGAGCACAUGGCUACGCCUUCCUCCUCACCAACAACGGUUACAUCUUGGCUCACCCCGACCUUCGACCUCUGUAUAAAGAUGGAAAGAAACUGAAGCCAAAGCCCAACUACAACAGUGUGGAUAUGUCUGAGGUGGAGUGGGAGGAUACAGAUGAAUUGCUGAGAACAGCGAUGGUGAAAGGAGAGACCGGCAGCAUGAGCCUCAGCACCAGAGCAUCUGUGGACAAAGGGAAAAGACCUCUGUAUAUCGUCAAUGACUACUUCUACACAAACAUUGAUGAAACACCUUUCAGCUUCGGUAUGGUGCUGUCGCAAGGUCAUGGAAGUCUGAUGUUUUUCGGAAACGUGUCUGUUGAGGAAGGGCUGCAUGACCUCACCUCCCCAGACCUGAGCAUUGCCACAGAGUGGAUUUAUUGUGACACGGACGUCGACCCCGCGCACAGAAAAUACUCACAGCUGCAGAUCGCCAUACGCUACCUGCUGGGGUUGGAGCCCGAGCUUGAGUGUGACGAGCUGUUGCUGCAGCAGAUGCUGUUUGACGCUGUGGUCACAGCUCCAAUGGAGGCCUACUGGAACGCACUGAUGCUCAACGACAGGGUUGAGCCGGGGAUUGAGACGGCCUUCCUCGGUACUCGCUCUGGCCUGAUGAGGAUCGUGAGAUAUGCAGGAGUGGAGACCAGAUCGGCAAAAAAGUUCUUGACUGCAGCUGAUAAAGAUAACCUGUUCACCAUUGACCACUUCCCUCUGUGGUACCGUCUGGCCGUGGAAAACACUCCUGGAAGCUUCUUCUUCUUCGCUGUCAACGACAAAGGGGGGAAGUAUGUCAUAGCGACGACAUCAGUGACGGUGUCAUCUGAAGGGAAGACGGCCAUAGCAGGAGCCAUUGGAUUGCAGCUUUCCUUGGAUAUGCUGGAGAAGAUGUUCUGGACCAUCACAAAGCAGCCCAGCGACACAGACUGUACAAACAUUGAAGGCGUGUGUCCACUCAGCUGUGAGAGUGCUGACCUGAACUGUUUCCUGGUCGACAAUAACGGUUUCAUCAUGCUUUCCAAAGAGAGGAAUGAGGUCGGUCGCUUCUUUGGCGAGGUGGACGGCUCUGUCAUGGCGUCACUCAUCAAGAUGGGCAUGUUUCAAAAAGUGUCAUUGUUUGACUACCAGGCGAUGUGUAGAAACACUCACCAUCACGCCAGCAGCGCCCGACCUCUGCUCAGCCCAUUUUACUGCAUUGCUGCGUUGAUAAAGUGGCUCUUCUCCAACACACUGAUGUUUCUGCUGGACUUUAACCUCUGUGGUCUCUGGCACUCUGAUUACCUUGUGGACGCCAAGGCUGGUUAUCACACAACUCACAAGCAGAGGAAGGUGGAGGCGCAGCAGCCCUGUGACACUGAGUAUCCUGGCUUCAUGUACGACUCAUCUAUCAGAGAAGCUAACAGCCUCAUCAAGUGUGGACGCUGCCAGAAGAUGUUCGUGGUGCAGCAGAUUCCUGACAGUAAUCUGGUUCUGGUUGUGACUCAGGCCGACUGUGACUGUUCCCGUCAGUAUGGAGCGAUCCUGCUGGAACCCAAAGAGAUCAAAUAUAAUGCCACAGUGAAAUGCAACAGGAUGAAAUCCCAGAAGGUCCGACGGCGUCCAGAGUCGUGCCACUCCUACCACCCGAAGGAGAAUGCUAAGGAAUGUGGCGGAGCGUCGGCCAUCUCCCUGUCCUCUUCUCUUCUCUCUGCCUCUGCGCUCGUCUCAUUGGUCCUCCACCACUGGACGUAAACCAGGACUAACCCACCAAUCAGGAUGCUCACAGGGGAGCCAGGAUGCACCAUAACAAAACACUGACCAAAUAGCCUAAGGAGGUUUUUCUAAAUACUUGCCACAAGAGACAAUGGAAUAUCACAGAUGUCCCCCCCACCCACUGCUCAGACAUGCUGCAGUUCAAUCUGCAGUGGAGAUAACGGGCUUUGAGAUUAUGCUUUUUUUGAAUGGACUCAUUUGUCAGUUUGGAGUAAGUCAAACCGAAGAAGGAGCUAAGCUGCGAGGCAGCUCUGAGCUGCGUGAGAAUCAGGAGUCAUCACUCUGCAGACGUUCUGAACAGACUCCUGAAGGAAACUGGAGUUUAAACAGUGCAGCUUGUGGUUGGAGAAGUGUUGCCAUGACUCACAACAAGAAUGUAGCUUUUUUGAUGCAGAAAUAUUGUGUAAAAGUAGAGUUGAAAUUAUUUACAGAAAAAAACUGUUAAAAGACAAAGAAUCCGAUGGUGAUGACAUCAAUGUACUGUGGUGUGUAAGUCAAUGUGAGUGGCAGAAAGGUGGUUUCUACAAUAUAUAGUAGCUGGUUUUUAGACUGGUUUCCCCAAAGAGGAACAGAGAGCUUAAAAUAUCAUACAGCUUUUGUAAAAUUUCCACCAACACUUCUUUUAUGUGUCUCAUACUUUACAUAUGAUGGGACACAAGAUAUGGUAUAGAUAUAGUUAUUUCAUAAAGUAAUUCCCAGGAAUCUCUGAUCUGGUGAUUUUCAGUUGAAAGAUUAAAUAAUAUAUUGUUUGGUUUAAAAGAAAGGCCCAUUUGGUCUAGGUUUGAUAUUAUUGGAUGUUUUUUGUAUAUGUCAGAGGUUUUUACAAAAAAUGCAGCUAAAGCAAGAACUUUGUAUGUGUGUCAACAUUUAAAUAAACUUCAGUGGGAUGCAACUAAUUCCUGUGUAAACAGCACUUAUAUGUCACCUAGAUGUAUUAAACAUGUUUUCACGGCAUUCAACUAGAGAAGUCAGUUGACCAGUUAUUUAAAACAGAUCCAUUGUAGUUGAACUACCUGGCACAUUAAACAUGACUCAGGUAUGAGAGAAAAUACUGUAUCUGCAGCACCUGGAGCCUUUAAGUGAAACCAUCAGAUAUUAGAUGCAUGUCCUCUAUAAGUCUAAUGGCUUUUAAUUUCCUAAUAAAUUCUUUAAUUUUUGCUUCUA